ACAGGCGCCUGCGCCGCAGCGGGGCUGCUGCUGGUUGGUCCUCACGUGGAACCUCUCCUGGUCCUGUUGACCCGGGCCCCUCGGAACCUCCAGCUUGGUCUGGUCUGGGACUGGACGCCCGCCAUGGCGGCUUCUGCGGCGGAGACGCGCGUGUUUCUGGAGGUGCGGGGACAGCUGCAGAGCGCGCUUCUGAUCCUGGGAGAACCGAAAGAAGGAGGUAUGCCCAUGAAUAUUUCCAUAAUGCCAUCUUCACUCCAGAUGAAAACCCCUGAAGGCUGCACAGAAAUCCAGCUUCCAGCAGAGGUCAGGCUUGUACCUUCCUCUUGCCGUGGGCUACAGUUUGUUGUUGGAGAUGGACUGCACCUGCGACUGCAGGCGCAAGCAAAAUUAGGCACAAAACUGAUUUCAAUGUUUAAUCAAAGCUCGCAAGCCCAAGAAUAUUGCACGUUUUAUUGCCAAUCCUGCGGUGAAGUCAUAAUAAAAGACAGGAAACUCCUCAGGGUGCUCCCACUGCCGAGUGAGAACUGGGGAGCUCUAGUUGGAGAAUGGUGUUGUCAUCCUGACCCCUUUGCUGAUAAAUCACUUCAUCCGCAAGAGAAUGACUGUUUUAUUGGAGACUCUUUCUUCUUGGUGAAUUUAAGAACCAGUUUGUGGCAGCAAAGACCUGAACUAUCCCCAGUGGAGAUGUGCUGUGUUUCUUCUGACAACCAUUGUAAAUUGGAACCAAAGGCAAAUACCAAAGUAAUUUGUAAGCGUUGCAAGGUAAUGUUGGGAGAGACCGUGUCAUCAGAAACCACCAAGUUUUAUAUGACAGAGAUAAUUAUUCAGUCAUCUGAGAGGAGUUUUCCUAUCAUACCAAGGUCUUGGUUUGUCCAGAGCGUGAUCGCCCAGUGUCUGGUGCAGCUCUCCUCUGCUAGAAGCACUUUUAGAUUCACGAUUCAAGGUCAGGAUGACAAAGUGUAUAUCUUGCUAUGGCUUUUAAAUUCAGACAGUUUGGUGAUUGAAUCUUUGAGAAAUUCCAAAUAUAUCAAAAAAUUCCCCUUGUUGGAAGACACAUUGAAAGCCGAUUCUAGUUCUGCCUGGAGUGCUGUCAAGGUCCUCUACCAGCCAUGCAUCAAAAGCAGGAAUGAAAACAAGCGAUCAAGAUUCCUCUGGGAGGGGCACCCUCUCCAUACCAAGACUUGUCAGCUCGUGGGAAAGGGACAUCAGCGUCCACCCGCUAACCCUGCCCUCUGCAACCUGCUUGGAGCUGCUGUUGAUAUUAUCAAAGAGCAAUGCCAAUCUGCCUUCAUCCCUUCGCCAUAUGAAUUCCUUUCAGGUGGCCUUUUUGAAGAUGUAACUAUUAGAGCUGGGCAUUCUCCUCCCCCGGCAGACAGCUCUCAAGCAGGAGCACACCGAGGCCAGCAGUCAGCUCAGGAGGCAUCAAUUACAAAGACAAGAACCAGAGCUAUGGGAUAAGAGCAUUGCAUUGAAGUUUUAAGUUUACUUGUUUGCAUAUAUUCUCUAAGAGAAGAGUUAACUUUAGAUCUUUGAAAACCCAGGACUGUGAAGAAAGUCAUAGUAGCAGGUUGAGGCAAGUGUAGAAGUUACAUCUCUAUUUCCCACAGAGAGGAAUAUUCACAUAUGUGCAGUGUCAGCACCACCUGGAAGGUUAUUACCUAAUGGAGAUCCAUCUGUCCUGUGUGGAAUCCAGUGAGGAAUUUUAUUGGUGGAACUGAAUGUUAACUGCUGUAAAUCCUAGGAAAUAAACUUUUAAAGAGUUUCUCAGGAUCAUUUAAAACAAAUUUUAAAAAAGAAAAGUAGAAAACAUUUUAUACUUUAUUCAGAGGAGAUGCUCAAUAGAUGUUUGUUGAAUGAAUGAUUAUCAAAUUAAAGGAUUUCCCAUUUAUGCAAAUCUGCAUGUUGCUUUUGUUAUUUCCUUUACCAUACAUUAUUGCAAAUUAAUAAAUAUACCUCACUAGCAUCCUGUUA